AUGGAUUCCCUUGCAAGCAGCGAGACCGAGGUGACGCAAAUCAUGGAUCUCUCGUUGCCUCUUGGAAAACGCAUAGCCGAAACGCUUUCACCAGCGGAUCCUGUUGACGACGAGGAAGGAAGCGGGAAAGAGGACAAUGAAGAGAAGGGAAGCAGUGAAAGCGACCAAGUUUGGGGUGUCGAUAGUUUCGACGAAUCAGACUACUCGUCUCCUGACGAGGAGCCUGAGGAUGAGGAUGAUCUUCAGUUGCGUCGCUAUUUGCGCCAUGUCUACGCGAGCCGUGUAGAGAUGGUUCCUAAGGAUCUCUUUCAAGGGUUUCGCCGUCUGACUCUGGAGCGCAUUCUCGUAAAACCCAAUAUCACGGGGCGUGAGUAUAUGGAGAAUAUGGUGCAAGUGGCUAUUGACAAAUACAACCAAGAGGAGACGGUGGUGCCUGACCAUAUUGUGAGAGUCGUCGUGCGAAUGAGCACUGGAGUCAAAGCUUAUAUUACUUUCAUGGCUAAGGAGUCUCCUGAAGGAGAGCUUGUAGAGUAUCAAGCAAAGACUGAGAAGGUGUGGCAGAAAACCAUCCAUGCCAUCCUUUGCAGACCAGCUCCCUAA